CCGGUGCUGAUGUGGAGCCAUGGCUCUGAAAGACACAAUCCUCCCCAUCAGCGACAUGUCCUAUCCCUUCCCAGAAGUAGUAGAGCUGAACGUGGGCGGCCAAGUCUAUGUGACCAAACACUCGACUCUCACCAGCGUUCCGGACAGCACUUUGUACAGCAUGUUCUCCAGGAACAACGUCAAGGAGCUUCCCCGGGACAACCGUGCCCGCUUCUUCAUAGACAGGGACGGCUUCCUCUUCAGGUAUGUACUGGAUUACCUUCGGGACAAGCAGCUGUCUCUGCCCGAUCACUUCCCGGAGAAAGAAAGGCUGCUCAGAGAGGCUGAGUACUUCCAGCUCCAGGACCUGGUCAAGCUGCUGACACCUAAAGUCACCAAGCAGAGCUCCCUGAACGAUGAGGGUUGUCAGAGUGACCUGGAGGAGAACUCCCAGAGCAGUGAUCUGAUCAGGACUGCAGCCCUGGACAAAAAGUCUGGCUUCAUCACCAUCGGCUACAGAGGCUCCUACACCAUGGUCAGAGAUAACCAGGCUGAUGCCAAGUUCAGGAGGGUGGCCAGGAUCAUGGUUUGCGGUAGAAUAGCCCUGGCCAAAGAAGUUUUUGGCGAAACGUUAAACGAGAGUCGCGACCCCGAUCGCCCACCUGAAAAGUACACGUCGAGGUUCUACCUGAAAUUCACCUACCUGGAGCAAGCUUUUGACAGGCUCUCUGAAGCUGGAUUUCACAUGGUAGCCUGCAACUCGACAGGAACAGCAGCCUUUGUGAACCAAUACAGGGAUGACAAAAUCUGGAGCAGCUACACUGAGUACAUCUUCUACAGAUCCCCACAGAAAUUAGUAUCUCCAAAACAAGACUGUGAAGAAAGUAAGCAAGAAAAAGUCUUAGAUAAAGGUAGUGAAAGUGGAACAUCAUGUAAUGAACUGUCUACGUCUAGUUGUGAUAGCCAAUCAGAAGCUAGUACCCCUCAAGAAAAUACAUCUGUGCUUCAGCAAUCAUCUUCUCAUCAACAGAAUACUUUAACUCUGGAUCGGCCAUCAAAGAAGAACCAAGUCCAGUGGGUUCCAUCACCAGACAAACGCAGGAACAGUGAACUUUUUCAAACACUGAUUAGUAAGUCUAGGGAUAACAACCUUUCUAAAAGGAGAGUCUCUGAGAAGCCAAGCAUUGAGGAGGAAAUGAAAAAAUGUAUACAAGAGUUUAAAAAAAUUAAAAUUCCAGAUUAUUUUCCAGAGAAAAAACGUCCAUGGCAGAUGGAAUUACUAGAAAAAUAUAAUUUGUAGGAACAUUCUAUUUAUUAGUGAAAUAUCUGCGCUAUGUUUGUGUACUUCUACUAAACUCCUUUCCAUACACAAAAUACACCAAGUAUACAGUUCGGUAUAUGGAAUUAAAAAUACUUGUAAUACUUAUGUGACUUUUUGACAUACCAUUCAAAUAUUGAAACUUUCAGAUAUCCCCACAAAGAUUACGCUACAGUGGGAAAUUCAGCGUAAAAAAUGCAUGUGCUCACAUUAAUGACUAUACAUUCUGCAAAUACCUUUUCACAACUGUAUUUAUUAUGGCAAUUUUGAUGACUUUUACGAUAACAAAUAAACAGUGAUGACAAGAUUGACUUCUGUAGAUAAAACCAGUAGACAUACAGUAUUUCUGAAGUUCCAUUCAUUCUAAAUGCAAUAAAAAACUUAGAUGCAUGAGCAUAGCAUUAGAAAUAAAACAAAAAAGUGUAUGAUCAGUGUUAAUGUGUUAAUCGUUGGCCUUUGUCAGUUUUUAAUUCAGUUAUAGACUUUAAUCUGUAGUACUGGGCGUAUCUGUGGAAAUUAACAUGAUAUGCUGUAUGGUGAUUUUUGUUUUAAAAGAAGAUCUGUUGAACGUGUGAGUGUAAUCCAUGUGCUUUCCACUCUACUGUAUGUAUAGGACGUGUUAGUCAUUACCCUGGUUACAGAAAAUGUAUGGCAUAAAAAACUAUUACAUUAUUAAUCUUCAGAAUACAU